CUGCCGAAUCAAAUAGGACGUUUGACGGAACUGCGUCGAUUGCUCUUGGAUCGAAAUGAGUUGACUAUCUUACCAGAGAGUAUAGGAGAUCUCGUGAAUCUUCAAGAUCUGUAUGUCAGCGAGAAUCACUUAGGAGCUAUUCCUUCAUCCAUUGGCAAUCUAUCCAACCUGCAAGAUUUGCGUCUUCAGUACAACGAUUUGCAUACGCUCUUCAAUAUGAUUCCGGCUCCUGUAUUCCAACUACACAGUUUGCUCCAUCUCGAAGGUUUCGGGAACGAAUUAACGGCGUUGCCUUCCCUAAUUGGAAAUCUUAGCAAAUUGGUACAUCUCAAUCUCUCAAACAAUCAAUUGAGAACUUUGGCUCCAGAAAUUGGAUUUCUUACAAAUACAACAGAAUUGCUACUUGCCCACAACGAUCUUGACAUGCUACCAGACGAGAUUGGGGGCAUGCAUGCACUUACUGCUGUGCAGCUGGCCCACAACCGAUUGGAAAGUUUACCAGCAGAAAUAGGAUUUUGGUCAGCACUAACGGAACUAAAUCUCGCUACGAAUCGAUUGACGGCAUUGCCUGUAGAACUGGGACUCCUAACACUCCUAUCAAGACUUGACAUUGAAAACAAUGAGAUCACUGUUCCUCCGGUUGAGGUUGUUGCCCGCGGUCCAGCC